AUGACGGGCGCCCAGCGAGCCAAAUUAUGGCGCCAGCCCGAGGCCGCAGCAGGUGCUCUCUACACUCGCCUCGCAUCGAAGCGGAACUUCGCACGAGUAUUCAUCACACUGGCAUUUUGCGCUAUCUUCUACAACUUCUACUCAUCAUCCGAGCUACGGAAGAGCCUCAACGACAGGCUGCAGCAGACAAUGUCUGCGAGCCCAAGUAUUCAGGUUGUGGAGCAGACGGAGCCGAAUAUGCAGAUGUGCUCGAACGAGCCGACUCUUGAGAGCAAUAACGGGACGGAGAAGGCGACGCUGGUCAUGUUGGUGCGUAACAGGGAGAUAAGGGAGGCGUUGAGCAGUAUGAGGAGUGUGGAGGAUCGGUUCAAUCGGAAGUUCCACUAUCCGUGGACUUUCUUGAACGAUAAGCCGUUUACGAAGGAUUUUAUCGAAUAUACGACCGGAAUGGCGAGUGGCCCAGUUGAAUACCAGGUUAUUCCGAAGGAGGCCUGGUCGAUCCCGAAGACCAUCAAUACAACUAUUGUCAAGCAGGAGAUGGCCGAAAUGACUAGACAGAAUAUUAUUUAUGGCGGUUCUCUGUCUUAUCGCCACAUGUGCCGCUUCAACUCAGGGUUUUUCUACAACAUGGAGGUUAUGAAGAAAUAUGACUGCGACCCCUUCACCUUUAUGCGCACCAACAAUAAGAUCUACGGCUUCGUCAUCACCAUGUACGAAUUCGAAGCCACAAUCAAGACACUUUGGUCUCGGACCAAGGAGUUUAUCCGUCGCAACCCCCAGUACUUGCAUGAAAACAACUCGCUCGACUUCCUCGUUGACGGAGCAAAGGCAUCAAAGAAAGACGAUAAGGAAAUCGAUGGCAACUACAACCUUUGCCAUUUCUGGAGCAAUUUUGAAAUUGCUUCGCUCAACUUUUAUAGGUCCGAGGCGUACACCAAAUAUUUCGAGUUCCUUGAUAGCGCUGGUGGGUUCUUCUACGAGAGAUGGGGCGAUGCACCAGUUCAUUCGUUAGGCGUGGGAUUGUUUGCGCCUAAGGAUAAGAUCCACCAUUUCGCGGACUUUGGAUACUCGCAUCCGCCAUGCUCAAGGUGUCCACAGGACGACGAGAGCCACAAGUCCGGGCGUUGCUACUGCAACAGGGCGGUCAACUUUGAUACCAACUCAUACAGUUGUAUGCCAAGGUGGUGGGAUGUUGCCGGUAUCAACAAAGGUGCUAAGCGCCUUGGUACCUAA